GUCCUCGAGUCCCGAUGGUGACUGUUCACAACACAACCGACGCACAGAAAAUUUUUGAGCUGGAGGUAAAUGAAAAUGUGCAGCUGGCUGUAAAUGACAGACAAAUGCCAAGGGUAGAAUACAUGGAAAUCAAGAUAGACGAUUACAAAUUGCCGAUGCAGAUCUUAAAGCCAGCAACGUUUUCAGACACCGCGCACUACCCCUUGCUUCUGAUUGUGGAUGGGACACCUGGCAGCCAGAUCGUCACAGAGAGAUUUGAGGUGACGUGGGAGAGCGUCAUGGUCAGCUCCCACAACGCCAUCGUGCUGAAGUUCGACGGCCGUGGGAGUGGCUUCCAAGGCACUAAGCUAUUGCAUGAGGUUAAGAGGAGGCUGGGCGUUUUGGAAGAGAAGGAUCAGUUGGAAGCUGUCUGGACAAUGCUGAAGGAGCAUUACAUUGAUAAAAUGCGAGUCGGCGUGUUUGGGAAGGAUUACGGCGGCUACCUGAGCACUUACAUGCUUCCAGCUGGUGAAGAAAACCAGGUGUUUGCCUGUGGAGCUGCUCUUUCCCCGCUGACAGACUUCAAACUAUAUGCUUCAGCCUUUUCUGAAAGAUACUUGGGCUUGCAUGGGAUUGAUAACAGAGCGUACGAGAUCACCAAAUUAGCACACAGAGUCUCAUUACUGAAGGAACAGACAUUUUUGAUCAUCCAUGCUACUGCUGAUGAAAAAAUCCAUUUUCAGCAUACUGCGGACCUUAUCACACACCUAAUUAGGGCAAAGGCUAAUUACAGCUUGCAGAUUUACCCUGACGAAAGCCAUUACUUCAGCAACGCAGCACUGGAGCAGCAUUUGUACAACUCCAUCGUCAACUUCUUUGUAGCGUGUUUCCAAGUUCAGGACAAACUCCCAAUAGCCCCACUGAAAGAGGAGGAGGAUGAUGAUUAACCCUACUUGUCCGUGCUAAGCACAAGGCAGAUCUCUAACAAUAUGCAACUGGAUCAUUUUCCUGAAGAAAGAGAUGUUACGUUGUUAGCAUGUAUUUAAA